UUCCGUUUUCCUUUAAAGCACUGCUCAAUCUUACCCUUUUUUUCCUUAAUCUGCAAUGGCAACUCCUCUCGUCACAUUUUCAGCACAAGAAGAGAACAUUUUCCGAAGCCGAUAUCCCGCUGUUCCUGUGCCUGAAAAUGUGACAUUACCAGAUUUUGUAUUACAGGAUUAUGAAUUAUACUCAGACAGGGUAGCAUUUGUGGAAGCUGUGACUGGAAAGGCAUAUACGUAUGGUGAAUUGGUUAGAGAAACCAGGAGGUUUACUAAGGCCUUGAGGUCUAUUGGCAUUAGAAAGGGACACGUAGUGAUUGUUGUGCUCCCAAAUGUUGCUGAAUAUGGAAUUGUAGCACUUGGAAUAAUGGCUACUGGUGGAGUUUAUUCUGGUGUCAAUCCUGCUGCACAUGAAUCUGAGAUUAAAAAGCAGGUUCUGGCUGCAAAUGCCAAGCUAAUUGUCACCAAUGAUCUAAGCUACGAAAAGGUGAGGAGUCUAGAGCUUCCAGUGAUUACGCUAGGUGAAACGCGCAUUGGAAGUGCCAUGAAUUGGUAUGAACUGCUGGAUGCAGCUGACCGAGCAACCGAUAGAUAUGUCUAUGAAGAUGUAGACCAGAAUGAUCUAUGUGCACUUCCAUUUUCAUCAGGCACCACAGGGAUGUCCAAAGGUGUAAUGUUAACUCAUAGAAAUCUGGUAGCCAAUCUUUGCUCAACUCUCUUCAGUGUGGCACCACAAAUGGUUGGUCAGGUUACCACACUGGGUCUAAUUCCAUUCUUUCAUAUAUAUGGGAUCCUAGGAAUAUGUUUUUCCACUCUUAGGAACAAGGGGAAAGUGGUGGUAAUGAAUAGGUUUGAGCUUAGAACAUUCCUGAAUGCACUCAUGACACAAGAGGUCACAUAUGCUCCAAUUGUGCCACCAAUUAUUUUGGCCUUGGUUAAGAACCCCAUAGUAGAUGAAUUUGAUCUCAGCGAGCUUAAACUCAGGGCAAUUAUGACUGCAGCAGCUCCACUUGCUCCUGAGCUACUCAGAGCAUUUGAAAACAAGUUCCCUGGAGUCCAAGUUCAUGAGGCGUAUGGACUGACUGAACACAGCUGCAUCACACUAACUCAUGGAGAUCCUAAUUUAGGCCAUGGAAUUUCAAAGAAGAACUCAGUAGGAUUUAUCCUUCCAAAUUUGGAAGUCAAGUUCAUAGACCCUGAAUCUGGAAGGUCUCUCCCCAAGAAUACCCCUGGUGAAAUUUGUGUAAGAAGCCAAUGUGUAAUGCAAGGUUAUUAUAACAAUAAGGAGGAGACAGCCAGGACUAUUGACGGGGAUGGCUGGCUACACACUGGUGACAUUGGGUAUAUUGAUGAUGAUGGAGAUAUUUUCAUUGUGGAUCGUAUCAAAGAACUCAUCAAGUAUAAGGGUUUUCAAGUAGCUCCUGCAGAAAUAGAGGCUCUCCUUCUCACUCAUCCCUCUGUUGAAGAUGUAGCUGUCGUAUCGCUGCCAGAUGAAGAGGCAGGAGAGAUCCCAGCUGCUUGUGUGGUAAUAAAGCAAGAAGCAAGACAAAGCGAAGAAGAUAUUAUUAACUAUGUAUCUUCCAAUGUUGCCCAUUAUAAGAAGGUAAGAAAAGUGCAGUUUGUGGAAACUAUUCCAAAAUCACCUUCUGGAAAAAUAAUGAGAAGGCUUCUUAAAGAAAAAAUGAUUGAGAAGAUGCAAGCCAAUGGCCAAACCACUGUCUCUCAAUUGACCCCCACACCCACCAACUUUGAUUAAUUAGAUUUAGGGGAUUAAUGUUUAAUAAUGAUUUUUAAUGACUUUAUUUCAGUU